GAUCGACCCUUCCUCGUCACUGUUGCCGGUGACCUCAACAGUCUAGAAUGAUGAUGUACCCUUCCAGUCCGGAGGCUGCGACCCGCUUGCUUGCCUUCUUGAACGCAUCGCCCACGCCCUUCCAUGCUGUCCACAACGCUGCAGUUCGCCUGGAGAGCGCUGGUUUCCGAAAGCUUCGAGAGUUGGACAACUGGGACAAGGAAAUAAAGGCUGGCGGAAAGUACUACUUUGUUCGGAACCAGGCAGCUCUUGUCGCGUUUACUCUCCCUCCACAAUGGAAAUACGGAUCCGGCCUCAGUAUCAUUGCGACACACGUCGAUAGUCCCAAUCUGCGAGUCAGGCCAGUCUCAAAGAAAGCCAAGGCCGGGUUCCUGCAAGUAGGCGUCGAGACGUACGGCGGAGGAAUAUGGCACUCGUGGCUAGAUCGUGAUCUUUCUUUGGCUGGACGCGUUGUCGUGGCUGACUCUACUGGAAACUUCAACUCACGAUUGGUCAAGAUCGACAGGCCUCUUCUCCGAAUCCCAACCCUUGCUAUUCACCUGGACCGGAAUGUGAACGACAGUUUCAAGUUCAACCAGGAAACAGAAUUCGUUCCUAUUCUCGGCCUUAUCGCAAACAAGUUGAAUAAAUCCAAGGACUCUACGGACACGCCACACACCGAGAGCAAGGCUUCAAGCAUUCAGACCAACCAUCAUUCAGAACUACUGUCCGUCAUUGCCGGAGAGCUGUCUGUCGCCCCGGAAGAGAUCCAUGACUUUGAAUUGUCAUUGUACGACACACAACCAUCAGUGUUAGGAGGCCUGGACAACGAAUUCGUUUUCAGUCCCCGUCUGGAUAAUCUAUUCUCCUCAUUUUGCGCAGUAGACGCCAUGUGUGAGAGCGCCUCUGUUCAGAAUAUACCAGAUCUUGAUGGCAACGUAAACUGCAUCGCCCUGUUCAAUCAUGAAGAGAUAGGCAGUGUCUCAAUGUCUGGUGCUGAGUCCAACCUCAUACCCUCCCUCCUCAGUCGGCUCUCCCCCACACCAGGAGCGCUAGCUUACUCUAUCGCCAAGUCAUUCUUGAUUUCUUGUGACAUGGGUCAUGCUCUACAUCCCAAUUUUAUUUCGAAGCAUGAAGAAAAUCAUACCCCUUCUAUCAACGGAGGUGUCGUUAUCAAGACGAAUGCCAAACAACGCUACACCUCGGAUGCAGUGAGUUCGUUCGUCGUUAAGCAGCUUAUCGAGAAGAAAGGCGGUAAGGUUCAAGAAUAUGAAGUCAGGAAUGAUAUGUCUUGCGGAUCUACAGUAGGACCACAUCUGUCCACCAUUGGCAUGCGUACUGUCGACAUUGGCCUCGCUAUGUUAUCCAUGCACUCCAUCAGGGAGACUGCGGGGUCUCAUGACGUCCAGAAUGCCAUUGACCUGUUUACCUCAUUCUUUGAGGGCUUUGCCAAGCUGGACAAGAGUUUGACAGUGGAUUGACUUCCACACCGACAAUGUGGAAUUGGGAAAGACUGCUCACUUGGGGUUGGGCGAACAGGAAUAUCGUCAUCGAUCAAUUCAGGGUAAUUCAGGGCACUGCACAUACAGUAACAAUACAGA